GCUGUCGCUGUAGGAGCGCGCAGAGGAAGGGAGGGCAAUCUUGUCCGGACGCUAAUAAGACCCAAUGGCUGGCGCAAGGUGGCCAGGAGCGCUGAAACGCGACAGAAGACGGUGGAGGAAAGAGAAGAGAAAGAAAACACACGAGAGACGAUUGCGGAUGGACAAUGAGGAUGAGAGCGCCGCAGCAGCGUCCGUAGGAACUGCAGGGAGGCUUUUGGCGUGUGUUGGUGAAGGAAAUGCGUGAGCAGAGACGCGGUAAGUAAGUAGAAAGCCACGGAAAACACCUGCGUUAAGACUAGUACCUGCCAAAGACGUGAGAAGAUGAGUUUCACUUUGCAGGAGACGUAGAGGCAUCUCAUUUGGCGUAAUUCUUGAACAGAAACACUGAAAUGCUGCUAAUAAUUGAUAUUUUGUAGUUUAUCGCAAAGUUAAACAUUUUUACGCAAUCACUUUAUCAAUUAAGCUUAUUUUGGUGUGAGCGAUUAGAAACACAUUUCUCUCACUUAAUACUAAAAAGAAACAUCCUAAUAUCACGUGGUGUGUGCUGUGUCAACCUUUACUCGCGUGCUUCUUUCACACACCUGGACCUGUCGUGUUCUUCCAGCCAUCGUGAGCCACUGACCCCAGGGAGCCCCAACGCCCCCCCACCCCCCAAUGAAGCAGUUCUGGUGGGCCCGCCUGGCACAGCUCGGCCUGCUCUCUGUGUGGACCUGCAUAUGGCUUGUCCAGGGUUGCGGACCAGGUCCCGGGUAUGGUAUCCGGCCCAGGUCCAGGAAGCUCACCGCCAUGCACUACAAGCAGUUCUUCCCCAAUUUCUCUGAAAACAACCUGGGUGCCAGCGGGAGAGCAGAGGGCAAGAUCACACGGAGCUCCGAGCGCUUCAAUGAGCUUGUGUGCAACUACAACCCAGACAUUGUGUUCAAAGAUGAGGAGAACACCAAUGCUGACCGCUUCAUGACUAAGGUGAGACUUUUUGGGGGUCAAGGGUUUGCUGGAUAGGAUAACUACUUUCUUGAAACCUGUUGCUAUCUUAAAGUUGACAGAGAAGGACAUGUAGAUUGACUAACAGAUGUGCUUACAUGUAUUGUUAGACACUCAUGAUCCACUCUGUCUUAGGUGAUGGAUAUACUGCAUUUCACAUGAAGUGGGCAGACCACACUUAAAGCUCACACCCUGCCAUGCACUGAGCAUGGCUUUUCCAAAUCAACUCAUAUUACCUCAUUCAUUGUUAUCCCCCAUACUCUACACUGCCUGCUCUUACCAGGCACUUAACACACAAACAAGUGUUCAAACAGUGUGUAAGUUUUAACUAAACUUCCCCUCCCUUUUUCUUGAGAUAAGAAGAUCAGGAUGUAAUUCAAGCCUAGCCUGUUAGAGAAUGUGCUCCCCUUCAAGAACACUUCCUUUUAAUCUUUAACUCAAGUCUUUGUUAUUUUGGAUAAAACUAUUCCCUGUGACACGCUCAAACUGUACCAGCGAGGAGAAAUUGCCAGGUUUGGCCUUUGAACUUCAGUUCCUUAAUGUUUAGCAGGAAUAAGUAUCCAAAUUGUCAGAGAGAAGGACACAUUUUUGACUUAACAUUUGAUGAGUGAAACCAUUUUUUUUUCUGACUCUCAGAUGCCAAACUCCACUGGAUGCUGCGGCUUUCUGUGAUUGUCUAGGAUAUGUAUCUGUGUCCCUUCCUUUUUCGGAGUGAUUGUACAUGAUUCAAAAUCUGCGGUUGUACAUUUGUGCUGAUGCCCAGUUUGAGUGUGUGUACAUGUGCAUGUGCCCCUCUUUUUGCCCAGAUGUGAAAGACACUCUUUGUGUGUCACUUGGAGACUCGGAGGGGUCGCCUAUACAAAAUUCCCGCCUGCUGAAGUAAUGGCACCGUUGGAAAAGCGACUAUUGUAGUUCUGACAAUGAAACGCCUCUCUUCAAUGGCAUUGCGAAAAAAAAUGUACCCAGUUUGUUUUCUGUCCCUCUUGCUUUCUCACUCUUGCUGUCACAUUCCCAAGUCCGUGCCCAUACAUUCUUCCCCUCUGCCCUUCGUCUUUAGUCCCAGCCUUGACCCUCUGCCUUCUCCUCACCCAACCUCCAUCCCUCAUUACUCUUUUUCCCAGCCCACUUUCUGUUAAUUUGGCUGCAAAAUAGGCUUUAUCACGUCAUUUUUAGCUAAAAGAAACUGUCACAGCAUGUAUCCAAAAAGAAUACAUGUGCAGGAGAUGACAAUGAGUGUAUCAUGUCGGCUGCUGACAUCCUCAUUUUCCAGCCUGUUAUUUUGCGACAAUGCUGACACCAUAACAUCACAGCCCACGGGGAUGUUAAGAGUCACUGUGCGCAAUUCUGAUCAAAUGUCUCAGGGGUGAAACGGAGACACUCAUGCCUGGAACAAACUGGAGAGGAAGAGAAUGGCCUUGAUUAUUCUGUCACCCUGUUGAAAAGGCCAAGGAAUGUGCCAAACUGGCUACUGUAGCUUUGUUCUUGUACUCUGAUUGUCUGAGCAAGGUUAGGAUGGCAUUUAAGCAGAGUAGAGAGGGAAUUGUGCGGUAAUGCCAGCAGACAAAUAAACCUGGGAGACACAGAGAGAGACUGUUGAAAUACUGAAACCGUUUUCUCCGGAGUUGCACUUCAGUCAGCUUGUGCAUUGAAGUGUACAGUCGGCGAACAUACUCUACAUACCUGUGGUACACUUUAAAAUGGGCAUUUACUCCUGUUAAUGAAUGACCGCCAGUGUCCUGUAUAGUAGGAUUUGCUGUAUGGAAAAGGAAGAGGAUAAGAGAGGAUGAAAAAAUGAAGGCAGCUGUAAAACUGAAUGAUACCAUAUUCAGCCUGAUUGGGUGAUUUUUUUAAGCUGUUACAAGUCAAAAAGAUGAUAGUUAACUGACUGAUGUGGAUUUUCCAAAUGAGUUUAUGACAAACAGGUUAAUAAGAAUCUCUCAAACUGUUGUCCAAAACAUACAUGCUACCCAUAUGAAAGUUGAUCUACUCUUAAAUCAACAGACUAAAUUACUCUUGUUGCUUCUGUGCACCUUUUUUUUAUUUGUAAUUAAUGACAAAACAACAGAAAUGUGAUAAAAGAGUUUCCUCCUCAAACUCUUAAACUGAACACAUUCCUUCUUUUAUUCUCUUCCCAGCGAUGUAAGGACUGUUUGAACAGGCUGGCUAUUGCAGUGAUGAACCAGUGGCCCGGGGUGCACCUACGUGUGACAGAGGCGUGGGACGAGGACGGUCACCACCCUCCCGGCUCUCUCCACUAUGAAGGCCGAGCAGUGGAUAUAACCACAGAUGAUAGGGUGACGGAAAAAUACGGUCUUCUAGCCCAGUUAGCUGUGGAGGCUGGCUUUGACUGGGUCCACUAUGAGUCUAAAUAUCACAUCCACUGCUCAGUAAAAGCUGGUGAGUGUAAAGAGGAGCUUUAGUGGAGGAUCACACAGUUAACUUUGUGAGAUAACACUGAUCAAACGGAGGGUAGAGGAGAGCUGUUUAAAUACAAUUUUUAGUUUUUUCUCAGACACUACCAGAAAUGCAAUAUCAGAUAUGGGCAUUAAUCCAAUAGUACAAACAACUAACCCUCCAAAAAAUCAUUAGGUUUAAUUUGAUCGAUCAUCUAGCUUUAGCAGCACAAGAGAGAAAAAAGGUUUUCUUUCUCUAGUAAUUUGUAUAUUUUUGUUGUCUCACAGGUAUUUGGGUUACUUGAUAAAUGCCAAAUGUGUGAGGGAGAAUAGAUAUGGAAUAUCCUGAUUUUAAAGAGAGAGAAAAAAAUUUAAUAAAACUAAAUAUGUUAUGUUCCUACAGAUCAUUCUGUUGCGGUGGAAAAGGGUGGCUGUUUCCCUGGCUGGGCCCGGGUAACUGUUGCUGGUGGGAUGCAGAAGAGCCUGUCCUCUCUGGCUCCUGGGGACAAAGUCAUGGCCUUGUCUGGGACGGGUCAAGUUGUGUUUAGCCACGUCCUACUGUUUCUGCACCGGGACCAUGAAAGCUGUUCCAAUUUUCUGUCUCUGGAGACAGAAGACGACUAUAGACUGGCCCUCACUCCACAACAUUUGGUCUUUUUAAGCAGCCACUGCAGACUGGACAGGACUGAGUACCAGGCUCAGUUUGCAAGCAGAGCCAAGAUAGGAGGCUGUGUUCUCAUCCACACAGCAGAGGGUCAAGUACGUCCAUCUCGAAUCAUCUCUGUGUCAGUGGUGGAGAGUGUAGGAGUGUAUGCGCCCUUGACAGAGGCUGGGACUGUGUUUGUUGAUGGAGUGCUGGCAUCCAGUUAUGCACUGGUGGAAGACCACAGACUUGCACACUGGGCAUUUGGACCUGUGCGGCUCCUCUCUUCAACCAUCCGGCUCCUCUGGGGGGAGACAACACAACAACGGCAGGGCAAAGACAAUGACACUGAGACUCUGUCGGAUUGUAGCACUUUGGACGGAAAGGACAAAGCAGGUAUAUAUAUCAAUAAUAGCAUUCUUCACAAAAGAGACAAUCUGAGUGAACCUUUGAGAUUGGAAAAUAAAGAGAAGCACUCUUUAGACAGAAAGUCACUAAAUGUGCACUGGUAUGCAAGACUACUGUACAGCUUUGGGUGCCUCUUUUUAGACUUGCUUCAUCCCUGAACGUCUAUAUGCACUGAUAAAUGUUACUACCCUGAUACACGGACACUGAAACUCUUUUCUCAAUAAAUCAAAAGAACUGGGGAGGCUUGCUUGUUUUUUUAUUCACCAUUGUUUGCAUUGUUUGUAUUGUAAUGUGUCAUGGACUUACAAAUUAACACUGAUGUAAUGUUUUAUAAAACUGAGUUUUAGAAACAAAGUUGUCUGAGUGGAUUGAUGAUUGAUAAGUCAUCUAAAAUUGCUAGAUAGUCAUAUGUACAGUGUGAUAUUUCUUUUAAGUAAUCCAUAUAUAUAUAUAUGUAUGUGGACGGUUUCAUUCUACUGGGUUAGAAUCAAAUGUUUCCACAAAAUCAGAAUCUAUAUUUUUGUAAUAUCUGAAUCAUAAUAUAUAACUGUUUCAUUGUAUUUCAGUAAUUCCUCUAUAUGUAUUGCAUUGUCCCCAUGUAAUAAAAUAAUUUAAAAUAUAAUUUGAA